UAAUACAAAACAGCUUAGCGGUUUUAAACAAGCAGUAUGGGGUGUGUGCGGCGAUGGAAGCAAAGCUGAGAGUCCGCCAUUUCCAGUAUCCUCUAACGCCACCAUUUUCGCACAAAUCACACAGCUUGAAUGUCUAGAAAUCCCCGAAACUGCACUUCACAAAAAUGCCAAGACCCGACAACGCAAUCCGGCUCAAGAGUUAUCUACCGUCUCAACAUCAAUCGCAAAAUCUCGACACCCCAGCUUCGAUUAUCUUCUCCGGAGGCUUGUUUCUCGAGCCCGCGGCACCGCCUUCGAUUUUAAACGCAUUAACUGGAAAAUCUCGCCGGAGGCCGGGGUUCCGCAGAGGAAGUGCUAGUGGGGAGUUGUUUUUAUCUGUGAGCUUGUCGAUAGGGGAGAAAAAAGGGGAUGGGCUUAACGGGAAUUCCGGGGAUUGUUUGGUGCUUAACGGCAAUAAGGUUGGUAGUGUAGGAGGCGGGGAAGGUGGCGCAACCUUGGGACGGCGGCGAGGGAUUGGGUUUGGGAAACAGGGCGCUGUGAAUACUAGUAAGCACUUAUGGGCUGGCGCUGUUGCCGCUAUGGUAUCAAGAACUUUUGUGGCUCCACUUGAGAGAUUAAAGCUGGAAUAUAUAGUUCGCGGUGAACAGAGGAACAUAUUUGAACUCAUCAAAGUGAUUGCAACUACACAAGGCUUGAGAGGCUUUUGGAAGGGGAACUUUGUUAACAUUCUUCGUACUGCUCCUUUUAAGGCAGUCAACUUUUGUGCUUAUGAUACUUAUAGAAAGCAACUUCUGAGGUUAUCUGGGAAUGAAGAAACUACAAACACCGAGAGGUUUGUUGCUGGUGCAGCAGCUGGUAUUACUGCUACUGUGCUUUGCUUGCCACUAGACACUAUUCGGACUAAAUUGGUGGCACAUGGUGGGGAAGCUUUGGGUGGUGUAAUUGGAGCUUUUCGCCAUGUGAUCCAAACUGAAGGAUUCUUUUCACUUUAUAAGGGCCUAGUACCCUCCAUUCUGAGUAUGGCACCUUCAGGAGCCGUCUUUUAUGGUGUAUAUGAUAUAUUAAAGUCAGCUUAUCUACAUUCACCUGAAGGAAGGAAAAGAAUCGAGAGUUUGAAGCAACACGAUCAGGAAAGGAAUGCUUUUGAGCAACUUGAGUUAGGACCGUUAAGGACUUUGCUGCAUGGUGCCAUUGCUGGUGCUUGUGCAGAAGCUGCCACUUAUCCAUUUGAAGUCGUGAGAAGACAGCUUCAGUUGCAAGGCCGAGCACCCAAACUGAGUGCAUUGGCAAUUACUACCAAGAUAGUUGAGAAAGGAGGCAUUCCCGCUCUAUAUACAGGACUAUUCCCUAGUUUACUACAGGUUUUACCUUCCGCCUCCAUAAGCUAUUUUGUCUACGAGUUCAUGAAGAUUGUUCUUAAAGUGGAAUGAUGAGAUUACACGAAUUCUUGUAUACAAAACUGAAAAGGACAUUGCUGCACCUGGAGAUCCAGUUAGCACUCUUGCAGUAGAUAGAAACCAGCUUCAGAUUUCAAUCAACAGAGAUGCUUAGUGUCCAUUUACUCAUCCUGGGCAUCUUGAACCUAACUGCAUUCAUUUUUGUUUUCAAUGCUAUUCUGAACUUCAGCAGGAAGUUGUACCUCACUACUAUUCAUCAUCAAAAUUUAAUAGAAAGUGUUGUUAAAUCA